AUGAUUUCGUUGCCAGAAACAACCAGCUUCGACUCAUCAUCUCAAGUCUGCGCAAAUGCGAGUGGGUAUCUGUGGUAUAUUUGUACCUUCACCACGCCCUGGUAUGCCGGUUGCUGCGACAUCAACCCUUGUCACCCACAACCCGUGGGCUGUCCGCUCACUGCUCAGGGAGAGCCAGUGACGUACACGAUAUCCACAUUCACAUCGCCAUCCUCGCGUGGAGCUACCGCGACCAUAACAACUACCGCCGACAUCUCUUCGCAAACAACGCUCCCGGUCUCCAUCUUUCCGGCCACCCAAGAGGACAACCAAGAGGACAGCCAUGGUAUGACGAUCUCAAUCAACGCUCUCGUCGGGGUCGUGGUGGGCUGUACCAUUGCGGUCAUAUUCGUGGCCCUCGUAACUUGCAUGUGGUGGAGUCGGCGACGGCGGGAAAGGGAUGAGAAGCGUCAACAAGCACAGAGACUGGCAUCGCCACGGCUUGUGGACGAGGAGCUUGUUCCCCCGGGCCUAGAAGGCGUUUUCAACCCCAUGGCUUCGGAUGGCCCAGGCAGUAUUUUCGAUCGCGCUGAAGGCCGCAUGUCCAAGAUAUCUCACGAAAGCGGAUCGUUCCCCAUCCUACCACCACUAGGCGAUAGUUACUUGAGCGGCAGUACGCCCAGAAAACUUGCGACGAGCCCACUAUCACCAAACACGCCAAACACUUCAUCAACUAUGCCCAAAUCUGCCGAGCUCGACUCAAGCCCAAUGUGCGAACUUUCCUCUUCUGACCCCCCCAAACACGGAAAGUUGCCAUAUCCUCAACAGGAAGACAAACCCCGUGCUGACCGACCAACCGCGGGCGACGCUGAACAGUACUCAGCGAGAACGAGAGUCCAACACAUGUGUAAAUAG